AUUUGAUCAAGCGAAGGAACACUGGUCCAAUGAAACAUCACACACGCACAUAGAUACCCACACGCACAUCUGCCUGCACUCAUCAGCCGGUCACCUUGACAUGUGGGGGCACACAGGUCAGAAUGGAGCAGUCAGGCGGAAUGAAAGUGAAGUCCUCAUUGCGUAAUACCCCCACCUGUGGCCGCGUGCACCCAAAGAAGCAGCUGUACGUCCCCUUGCCGGCUGCCGAAUCGAGAAAGGCAGGCACAGUCUGGGGGCUCGAUAGGUCGGCCUCCACCAUCAGCACCGGCAGGUGCCGUGCAGUGGUCUGCAUGGCCCCCUGCAGCACCUGCAUCCCCAUCCUCUCCACGUCAAUCUUGAUGACAUCAAGCCGGGGCCACUCCAUGUCAUCCAGACGAACCCGCCACACUGCCUCUGUGGCCUUCCCAGCCGUUCCAAUCCAAUCUGACGGACGGUCCGUGUCGACCGUGGACGCACCGAAAUUGCCAAUAUGGUCGUAGUCGUAUGUCGGUAUGGUCAUCAGCUCCUUCGCGUUGCCCACCGCAGCAUUGACCGUCCGCACCACUGACCCAAGGCCGUUCAGCACCACGUUGGCAGCGAGCACCUGGAAGAUCCGUCUAAAUGGCUCGAACGCCACCACACGCCCGUGGGGCGCCACUCUGCGUGCCAUCGGGACGGUGAGUGAGCCGAUGUUGGCGCCCACGUCGGCCACCCAGCAGCCGGGCUGGAGAAGCUUCUCCACACUCAUGAGUAAGGUUUCCUCCCACACGCCGUGGACAAUGAGGGAUGCGCUGACGAAGAAGUCCAGCGGGAAGACCACAAAGCUGCCGUGUUUGCCCCGUGUCAACAGGUAGGAGGCGGCAUCGUGCUUGAAGGCGAAGCCGUUUUGGUUCUCGUCAUGGGUGGAUUCAUUGAAGAGGCGCUGUGGAUCUAGCUGCUGGCCGAUGCGAUGAUGGAGAUGGCCAUCCGCCAGGCUGCACUCGAGUGCGCCGUCGGUGCUGCAUUGGCCCGCAGUGGUCGAGUUGACAGCCGAUGAUUCCGCACCAGCGUAGAAGAGGGAGAGGAAGAGAAGCGAAAUCAACAACAUCG